GAGCGCGGGGUUUGAUGGGAAGGCGUUGGCCGGGCCCAGCGCUCUAUCAGUAGCUGCUGCGGCUUGCUUCGGGGGCGGGCUGCUCUGUGGCCACCGGGGCUUGCCGGAGCGGACGCCGGGGCUGGGCGGCUCCCGCUUUCCUCAGCUGUGACUUCUUUUGGACAACCCAUGAUAUUUAUUAUUGUGCCAACUUUCUCCAAAUAGAAGAUGGGUGGACUGUUUUCUCGAUGGAGGGCAAAACCUUCAACAGUCGAAGUUCUAGAAAAUAUAGAUAAGGAAAUUGAAGCAUUGGAAGAAUUUAGAGAAAAAAAUCAGAGAUUGCAAAAAUUAUGGGUUGGAAGAUUAAUUAUCUAUUCUUCAGUUCUUUAUCUGUUUACGUGCUUAAUCGUGUACCUGUGGUAUCUUCCCGACGAGUUUACAGCGAGGCUUGCCAUGACACUCCCAUUCUUCGCUUUUCCUUUCAUCAUCUGGACCAUAAGAACUGUGCUUAUUUUCUUCUUUUCCAAGAGAACAGAGAGAAAUAACGAAGCUUUGGAUGAUUUAAAAUCCCAGAAGAAAAAGAUACUUGAAGAAGUCAUGGAAAAAGAAACUUAUAAGACAGCUAAGUUAAUUCUCGAAAGGUUUGAUCCAGAAUCAAAGAAAGCAAAGGAGUUUGAGCCGCCAUCUGCUGGAGCAGCUGUAACUGCAAAACCAGGACAAGAGAUUCGUCAGCGAACUGCAGCUCAGAGAAACCUUUCCCCAGCACCAUCGAGCUCUAAUCAGGGCCCUCCUCCACAAGUUCCAGUCACUCCUGGGCCUUCAAAGGAUGCAUCGGCUCCAGGGGGACCUCCAGGGGGACCUCCGGAAAGGACUGCUGCUCCAGCCUUACCCAGGCGCCUUGGAUCCCCUGCUACUUCAGUGCCUGGAAUGGGCCUUCAUCCUCCAGGUCCACCCUUAGCAAGACCCAUUCUCCCCCGAGAACGAGGUGCUCUGGAUAGAAUUGUUGAAUAUUUAGUUGGUGAUGGUCCACAGAACAGGUACGCUCUCAUAUGUCAGCAGUGUUUUUCUCACAAUGGCAUGGCUUUGAAAGAAGAAUUCGAAUACAUUGCUUUUCGCUGUGCCUACUGUUUUUUCUUGAAUCCUGCAAGAAAAACCAGACCUCAAGCUCCGCGACUUCCAGAGUUUAGUUUUGAAAAGAGGCAGGCGGUGGAAAACUCAAGCUCAGCUGGCCCCAUGCCAUCAGAAAGUGCACCCUCAACACAGAGCCAGCGCAGUGAAGAAUCUUUAGAAGAAGAAGAUGUUCUUGAUAAUAGUACAGAGCAGAGAGAUGAAAACCUACCAGUGGCAGAGCAGACAUGCCCAGUGAGUGAAGACACAUCUGGUUCAGAGGAAGCAGAGGAGCAACAAGAAGAGACUGAGACCGAGGAAACGCCAGCAGAUGAAGCCAAGUCAGCCGUGCUCAGUGAUGAUUCUGUUUCUCAUCUUGAACCAAGUGGAGAACCUUUGGUGACAUAGUAGUAAAUAAUUCCAUGUGCCUUCAACUGGAUGUUUGUAGUCUUGUUGAUGUCAGUUAUUGCUUUUAUUUGUGGUACUCAAAAAUUUGCCUUUUAGAUAUAUUAUUCAAAUUCAGAUUGCCUAGUGAGCUCAGUGUGUUCAAGUCCUGACUACUGGGCAUUGAAUGUAAAAGCACGUGGUGUCAGUGAGUGUGCAGAGACCCACGAAGCUGUUAGGUACUUUGUGCAUUCUAAAGUUUAAACAAAAAAGCAUUUUUGUUUUCUACAUCUAUAACUUGUAAGUAAUACCCAUUUUGACAUAGGAAUUUUGGCUAGGAAUAAUUUCUUUAAUAGUGUUAAGGAUUGAAACAUAAUUAGGAUUUUGAAUUUAAAAUCAUUAAAUUUUAACUCCUGAGAUAUUUGCCAGUGGGGAAGGAAAUACCUGUUUAGGUGUUUACAUUAGCUGACACUGAAAGCUGUAACCCUGAUUACAUAGGCAUCGGUACGAACUCUCAGUAAGAUGCACCAACAGUCAAGGGCAGGGUUUCUUUUGAUGUCUUUUCCUUUGCAGCUGGGCCAAAGGCACAUGAUGUAUAUAGUUAGUUUAUGUUUACAUAUUAACAGAUAGGAACUGCAUCUGCACUUGGCUGUACUUGAAUUCUUGGUAUUAUUUAUAUUUGUAAAAUAAUGAUGAUAUAUAAAUGAAUUUUUUCAUGUGUGUGUUUUGUUAAGGAAAAUAAAGAUGACCUGGCAAUGGUUUUUCUUUGUUAAAUAUCUAGACUUCUUCACAUGUGUUUUGAUGGAUAACCAGCUAUCUGAAAAAUAAUUUUGGUAGAGAGUUCAUUAUAUGAUAAAUACAUAUAAUGUUUUGGUUUUUCAUUUAGACUUCAAAUUCAGAGAAAUAAGAUAGAGUUUUUAAUCAGAAGUUAAAAUUUUCUGAUUUUGAGAUGCAUUAUGGCAUUUGUAGUUUUAACUUUGAGAGACAAAUACCUUUUUUAGAGUAGGCAGUUAAGUGCUAAUGAAGCUUACUGGAUUGAACAUGUAUACCUAGGAUCAGGUAGGGAGAAUUUUGAUAUAGACUAGUUAUUCUUAAACACAAUAUGAUAGUUUGUUCUAGCUUCCUUUUAUGUGUCUUCUCCAGUAUUGAAACACCUAGAAGUGAAGUCACUAUGCCAGCAGAGAGACAUGCUGGCAUAGUAUAUCUGGCUAAUCUUUUUGGUUAUAAAUGUCUAUUUCAAUUCUAUAUACUUUCUAUCUUUUAAAAGUUUAUUUUUAUGAUUUAAUAUCUCAUCUGACAUAUAUUAAAGAAUCCAGUUUAACAGUCUGUGGUAUUUUAGUUUAGUGCCCAUAAAUUCAAGCAUAUGGAACUAGACUUGAAUGUCACGUUUGUAAUCCUGGGCUUUUCACCUAACCUCUCUGCAUUCACUUUAUUUGUAAAGUGGGAAGAAUAAUAUCCAUUUUCCAUAGGUACUCGAGUGAUAAAAAUAAUUUAUAUGAUGUGCCUAGCUUUCCUGCUGGAAAAUUAGUAGAUAUUAAGGUUACAUGGUAGAAUUUAUUUAUUAUUAUUAUUAUUUUUAUUGAAAUCCUUAUGAAAUAUGGAGGCUAUUUCUAUGGGAGAUAAUGAAAUUUAAAAGCAUGAACAUUGAGUCGGUUUCUCCGCACAGAAACAGUUUGCUGCAUUACUGUCAUAUGCUUGUGUCUAAAUGAUAGAUUAAAGAAAUGGAGAAGUGAAACUGUGGAAUAGAAUCCUUUUAAAAAGAUGUGUUUAUUUUUAUGAGUGUGAAUGUUUCACUUGCGGAAAUGUAUGUGCAUCACAUGUGUGCCAGGUACCUGCAGAUGUCAGAAAAGGGUACUGAUCUCUUGAAAUGAUAGUUACAGAUGGUUGUGAGCGUCCACGUGCAUGCUGGGGAUCGGAUCUGGCUGGAAGAGCAGGAAGUGCUCUUAACCUCUAAAGCUGUCUCUGCAGCCUCCUCUAACAUUUUUGUUUUUUAAAUUUCACUGUGUGUUUGUGUAUGUGUGUGAGUGUGUGAAUGAGUGUGUGUGUUGGUAGCACCUUGUUGAAUUUUGUUAAAAAACAUCUGAUGUAAAAUGCUUGAAGGUGAGCACCUCAGAGAAAAGGAAUUUAAUGAUGAACCUAAGCAGCUAUUAUAAAAAAUACCUCCAAAAAGAAAGGCAGAGGAGGGCUAGAGAGAUGGCCAGUGGUUGAGUAAGUCUGCUCUUAGAGUGCUCGAGUGUGCCUCUCAGCACUCACCUGGACUCCCACCUGGGGCUCCAGGACCAGCCCAUCUGAUGCCUUCUCUCUGGUCUCCUAAACUCAUGGGCAUUCUCUUCCCCACAGAUACACACAAGUAAAAAUAAAAAUCCAAAUCAUAAAGGGAGGUUAGUAAAACUAACACAACAGAGAAGUAAUUACCGUAUUUUAAAGCAGAAAAUCUUACUCUAAAGUCAGUAGCUAAAGAGAAGGAGACUCCCCAUUUCUGAUUGUGGAGACUAGUGUGAGGGAGGGAGAGCAGGCUGUUAAGCCAGAGUGAUGACUUCCUGUCCACAAAUGGUCAGCAGGUCAUGUGUCCAGUGUGACCUACAGACAGGGCUUAGCUUCUCUCUCUGUCUUUCCUACCUCUACCCCUCCAUAGGCUCUCCGGUGAGAAUCUCCUCUCAGUUCUGUGGCUGUGCUUUGUCCUUUCCUGCCUGUCGGGGGUGCCUCUCAUCUCCCCUCUGAAACUCCUAGCAGUGAUGGGGUUAGCACUGGAAAGUGAGUGCUUGCCCAGAGCACUGAAGGGGGGCUAGGACGCAUUGCAGCUGUUCUCUUGGUGCCUGACAUAGGAGAGCCUCGAUAGCAGGCAUGAACUGAGCUGGAGAGGACCCAAGCGCAGCACGUAUGCUGGGGUGGGAGAGUGGAGACAGUGUGUCUUGUGCUCAGGAGAUCCUGGUGCUCGGGCUGGGUUUAUGAAUUGCAGGUAAGGUGAUUUGGGUGUGACAAUCCUUUCCCUCCUUCCUCUAAGAUAUUCAAAGAUGUCUUUAUAAAUACAAAUUCUCACUUUCACUGUGUAUCUCUCGCUGGCCUUGAAUGUGCUGGCCUUAAUAAACUUGGAGAGAUUCGGCUGCCUCUGCCCUCGGAGUGCUGUGAUUAAAGGCUGUACCACCACACCAGGUUCUGUAUUGACUUUUACUUAACUAUUUCCAACCCAUUUGAUGCUAUGACUGAUGGUAGCUGAGAACGUUUCUUAAAUUGCUGCCUUUUGACAUCUGGAUCUAGUGUGGCCUAGAAUCACAUGCCCCCUUGUAUGCAAUAUAAUUUAAGAAUGUUUCCUCUUUUAAUGUAUAGGCCAGUAUAUCGAUUUUAAUGUUGGGUACGUGCCUCAAAGCAAAACAGUGCAACGGAAAUGGAUCCUGCGCUUGUACAAGUAUAGUGAAGACAUUCCAAUGUUUGUUUGAUGAAUUAUAAGCUGUUUGCUUAUAAUGAAACUGGUAUUCAUGUCUUAUUGUCUAUAGCAAGAAUUCCAAAGGCUUUUCUUACUUUCUAGGAGUUGGUACAUUUUUUUCAGUUAAUAGUAUUUUGCUUUAUACAAUUUUUCAAAAAAGGCAAAUUUGAAAUAAACUUUUAUUCUCAACUAUGUGUCCUCAUAGCUACAGUGUAUGGAUUUUCAGGUUAGAAUGGUUUGGGUCUUGUAAUAGAAACUGAAUGUAGAUUGAAAUAAAAUUGAUAUUCUUGAGACCUA